AUGAUUGUAAUUCUGCUGGUGUCUAUGUCCAUGGUGGUGCAUGCCGUAGGUGGCCAAGAACUGGAGCCGCCAGCAUUCCUGCCAGAGCUGCUUAACACACCUGAAAGAAUCUUGAACAAUGCCACACUCUUCAAUGGAGUCUUUCAAAAUGUGGAAAGUGUUGCAUUAUUUUUUGACUGCCUGGGUUCUCACUUCACCUGGUUACAGUCCAUCUUCACCAACUUCCCUGCCCUUCUCAACUUUGUGAACAAAAUGAAGUGUGUUACUGAGUUUUGUCCCAGGGAUUUCGAAGAUUAUGGUUGCUCUUGCCGGUUUGAGAUGGAAGGGCUCCCCGUGGAUGAAGCUGAUGAAUGCUGUUUUCAGCACCGCAAAUGCUACGAGGAAGCGCUGGAGAUGGAGUGCACGUGGGACCCAUCAAAGAUUUCUGCAGAUGUCAGCUGCUCUACUAAAAACCUGACCUGUGAGUUUGUGGAUCCCUGUGAACAGUUCCUCUGCACCUGUGACAAAGAUGCCAUUGAAUGCUUUGUGAAUGCACAGAUCAACUCCUCCUUGAGUGGGCUGGAUGUCUCCUCCUGCCCAUCUCCAGUUACAGAAACAAGCAGCAAGAGAGAGCUGACAACACAACACAUGAAGGAAUUGGUUCAUCAAGGGACUGAUGGAACACGGGCUUUUACUGCAUCUGUGGAAGAAGUGGUUUCUUUUGAGCCCCGUGACACAGUCUUGGCAACUUCCAAAGCCAGAGAAGAUGGAUUUAUGGAAGCUUUGGUCCCAGUGGAAGAGAUAACCACCUCCCCAGCCUCAUUCCCAGGAGACAGUAACUCAAUGCAAGUCAAAAUUGUCCCCACCAACAAGAGUCCUGCAGGCACACCUGCAAGGACAAAAGGAAAAGAGACAAGCCCUGCAAAGGGUGGCCUGAGCACCGCUGCCUCUGGAAUAGCUCUGGACCUGGGACUGUCUGAGAGAGGACCUGCAGGAAAAGUGUGCGAGCGAUUGACCUUUCUGCAAGAGAGAGGACGUGGAAGAGUGGAGAGGGAGCUGCCCCAGCUUGGAGAAAUGCUGUUCUGCUUAACUGAGCGAUGCCCAGAGGAAUUUGAGUCUUAUGGCUGCUAUUGUGGCCAAGAGGGAAGAGGUGAUCCCACCGAUGCACUGGACAGAUGCUGCUUCUCUCAUCACUGCUGUAUGGAGCAAGUUAAGAAACUUGGAUGUCAUGCAGAAAGAAAUUUGAGAUCUGAAGUUGUAUGUUUUGAUCACACACCAAAAUGCGUUGGCUGGAGCACGUGUGAGAAGCUCCUCUGUGCCUGCGACACGGCCGCGGCUGAGUGCAUGGCUUCUGCCUUCUUCAACGAGAGCCUGAAGCUUCCCCACGGGCAGCAGUGCCGAGAGGAGAAGGUCUCCUGCCCAGGUGAUCCUGCUGGAAGGCCUCCAACAGGCACACAAACAGGCACAGGGGGUUCCAGCUCCGAGGAGAGCAGUGAGGAGGAAGGAGCCCUGUGGAGGGGAUUCCGAAGAGCCAAGAGAGGGACGCAGCAUCACAAGGGGAACUCCAGAACUGUGGGACACGAGGGCAGAUAACCACCCACCUCAACGGGCUGGGGAAGGGGCAGGACAGCAGCCAGGCACUGAGUACCUGCCCUCCUUAUCCUCUGCAUGCUGCCUCACAUUCUCCAGCACACAAAUGACAUAAUCAUAGACUAGGAUUAGGUGUUAGGCUGCAUUAACUCCUUACUGUGGGGAGGUCAGCACUAUGGACCAUCUAUCUAGGUCAGAGAUUACCUUAAAUAAUUAUGUGACAGUGCUCUAUAUAAUUUCACUUGAUUUUUUUAUGUAAAAAACUGUUAUGAUCAGACUGACUUUUGUUAACUGUGCACUUCAUUCAGAUUGGAUCUUGCUGAUGGUGG